UACUUUAAUCUAAAAGGUCGUAGUUCCAUGGAAGUUUUAGAUGAGGAAUUACCAGUUCCUACAAAAUUUGUUGAUUUUUCUCCCGAGGAUAUAUUUCGGGCAGUAGAAGCUCUAAAAGUUGACAAGUAUCCUAUUAUGGAAUUAUUUCAUAAAAUUCAAAAACUUUAUAUUUUGAAUCAACCUUUUACAAUUAUAAAUGUUUUGAAAGAAGAAUUGACAAAUAAUCAAUUAAGACAAAAUGAAAAUGAUGUUUAUUGUUAUAUCCUUCGCUUUGCAGCUUACUUUGUUUUAUAUUUACGUGAAUUAAAGCUUCCAAUACCUGAAAAUGAGGGAAUGGAAGGAGAUGAAAUAAUUAAAUUAUAUACUGAACUUUUGAUUGAAUAUCAACAGAACAAAAUUAUCGCCUUGUAUGCUUCAAAAUUACCAAAAAAAUUAUCAAUCGAUACAUAUGCCACGUUCUUGAAAAAUAUUAUGGAGAGCAGGGAUAAAAGACGUAUAUUAUAUAUUUUGGCUGAAAAUCAUGGACUAGAUGUUAAAUCAAUUACGAGAGCAACAUUUGAUUUAAUAUUUAAUGAACCUGAUGUUGAGGAUCAACAUGGUCUCGUUACUUCCUUACGUCUUAAUGAUCUUGAUCCACCCCUACGUGAAACAACUAGUCCCGUCUCAAAUCAAGAUUCAAUUAAAAUUCGAGGAUUAGAAUGGCUCACAUUUAAUAAUGAACAAGUUAUUGAAGCAUUUGAUCGAGCCAAUGCUUUAUGUAGAAGAUUUUUGGUCAAAGGAAAAUUGAAUGCGGUCAAACAUGUUUUUUACGCAAUUUCCAAUCACGAGUCACCAUUAUCAUCUUUUAAGAUAGAUGAGGAUGAUGAUAAACAAGGAUAUGAAUAUUCGGUCAUUAAUGAAUAUACAUUUUAUUAUAAUAUGACGGAAUUCUUUAGUAAGAAUGAGGAAUGGGCGAAAAUUUCACGUGAGAAACUUCACAAAAAAGAGACUGAAUUUGAUACACGUAUAAGAGAAGCUACUGAAGCUGUAGAAAAGCUUUUCGAAAAAUUUACCAAUGCAUUAAUAUCCGAUAAUGAUGAUAAAGAGGGAAUCAUUGGUAGAUAUAAUAUUGAAGAUGAAGAACGAAAAAAAGAAUUAAACUUAAUUAAAGAUAUUUACGUUCCAAAUAUUGUCCUUCGCCUGCAUCAUAUUUAUGAAAAAACCAGAGAUGGCAACCAAGAAUAUCUCAAUAAAAGUUUUCGUUUAGCGAAUUUAAUUGCGGAUGGUGAUCAAGCAUUAUAUGUACAUUUUCUACGUUCCAAGAAAUUACCUAUAUUAAUUGAAUGUAUAAAAAAUUCUUAUUUGGAAAUAAUAAGAACAAAUCCCAGAGAUAUCUUUCUUUAUUAA